ACCCCUCCCAUCUGACAGAGCUGGACAUAAGUAACAAUAAGCUGCAUGAUUCAGCAGUAAAGCUUCUCUGUUCUGGACUGGAGAGUCCAAACUGUCGACUGGAGAUCCUGAGACUAAGUGGAUGUUUCCUCUCAGAGACAGAAUAUGACACUCUGUCCUCAGUUCUCAGCUUCCAGUCCUCUAGUUUGAAAGUUCUGGACCUGAGCAACAACAACCUACAAGAUUCGGGAGUGAAGCUCAUGUCUACCGCACUACUGAGUCCACACUGUACACUGGAAACCCUGAGGCUCAGUGUCUGCAACCUCUCAGUGAGACACUGUGAAGCUCUUUCCUCAGUCCUCAGGUCCCAGUCCUCUAGCCUGAGAGAGUUGGACCUUACUGACAAUGACCUGGAGGAUUCAGGAGUAAAACGUCUAUCUGCUGCCAUAGAGAGCCUAGAUUGUACACUCGAAAGCCUCAGUUUAUCACGCUGUCUGAUCACAGAGGAUGGCUGUAUUUCUCUGGCCUCAGCUCUGAACGCCAACCCCUCCCAUCUGAGAGAGUUGGACCUGAGCUACAAUCAUCCAGGCAACUUGGGAAUGAAGCUGCUGGUGGAUAAACAGAAAGAUCCAAAAUGGAGACUGGACACUCUCAGAGCCUGCUGGAGUCCAUUGGUUAAGAACAGCAGGUCUGAGGAAGUAUUCCUGUCAACUCACAAUCAACACAAACACAGUACACAAAAACCUCAAAUUGUCUGACAAAAGCAGGAAGGUGAAGUGUGUGGAGAAGGUUCAGUCCUAUCAUGAUCAUCCAGAAAGAUUUGAUUAUUUUCAUCAGCUCCUGUGUAGAAACUGUCUGACUGGUCGUUGUUACUGGGAGGUCGAGUGGAGAAGAAAAGUUUCUAUAUCAGUGAGUUACAGAAGAGUCAGAAGGAAAGGACACGGUGAUGACUGUAGGUUUGGACAAAAUGAUCAGUCCUGGAGUCUGAUCUGCUCUGAUGAUGGUCCUCGUUAUGUCUCUCACAACAAGAUAAAAACAUCCAUCUCUUCCUCCUCCUCUGCCUCUAAGAGAAUAGCAGUGUAUGUGGACUGUCCUGCUGGCAUUCUGUCAUUCUACAGAGUCUCCUCUGACACUCUGAUCCACCUCCACACCUUCCACACCACAUUCACUGAAGCUCUCUAUCCUGGGUUUGGACUCUGGUCUGAUAUAUUUCCCUGGUCUGCUGGUGGCUCAGUGUGUCUGUGCUGAGUUGAGUGUAAAGAGUGUCCUCCUGUUAGAGAAACACUCUGACUGUUGAACUGACAGUUCAGUCUGCAUAUGUCUGUCUCUUUUACUCAGAAACACGUUUUCAGACUCAUGGAUUCAAUCAGUUGAUGAUUGAAACUGUUCUAAAUGAUUCUUCGUAGUCUUCUCCCUCUUCAGUCCUUUAAAGAUGGAAGCUACCAGUAUUCCAGGAUCCACAUGUUGUUUUUCUGUAUUUUUCCACUCAAAGCUUCAAAGUGAAUAUCAGUAUGUUGUGUUUCUCUGAAGCUCAAUUCACAAUCAGCUCCUCUUCAUUUUCAACAAGUCUGAGUUCAUUAAAUGAAUCCAAAUGUUUCAUUUCUCUUUCUUAAUGGGAUGUUUCCUUAAUCUCCACAUGCUCUUACUGUUUCACUCAUUGUUGCAAGCUCAUCAUUUGAAAAUGUUUCAGCCAUAUAAGAUUGGCACAAUAUUUUUGAAUGCAGUUCUAACCAAUAUAUGAUUGUAUUGAGAGAUCAUAAUCCAUGUGGGUUAUUAAUAAACAGCACAGGCUUC